AUGAACACAAUGCUAAAUUUCACAGAUGUGACAGAAUUUAUACUUCUGGGGUUGACCAGUUGUCAGGAGCUUCGCCUUCUCUUUUUUGUGGUGUUCCUGGUAGUUUACAUGAUCACUCUGGGGGGGAAUAUUGGUAUGAUUGUUUUGAUCAGCAUCAGCCCCCAGCUGCAGAGCCCCAUGUACUUUUUCCUGAGUCAUUUGUCUUUCGUGGAUGUGUGGUUCUCUUCCAAUGUCACUCCAAAGAUGCUGGAAAACCUACUAUCAGAGACAAAAACCAUUUCUUAUGUGGGGUGUUUGGUGCAGUGUUACUUUUUCAUUGCCCUUGUCCACGUGGAGGUGUAUAUUCUGGCUGUGAUGGCCUUUGAUCGCUACAUGGCCAUCUGCAACCCUUUGCUUUAUGGCAGUAAAAUGUCCAGGACCGUCUGUGUUCGGCUCAUCUCUGUGCCUUACCUCUAUGGAUUCUCUGUUAGCCUGAUCUGCACACUAUGGACCUAUGGCUUGUACUUCUGUGGAAGCUUUGAAAUCAACCACUUCUAUUGUGCUGAUCCUCCUCUCAUCAAGAUUGCCUGUGGGGGGGUCCACAUCAAAGAAUACACCAUGAUUGUUAUUGCCGGGAUUAACUUCACGUAUUCCCUCUUCGUGGUCCUUGUUUCCUAUACCCUCAUUGUAGUAGCCGUGCUGCGCAUGCGCUCUGCCGAUGGGAGGAGGAAGGCGUUCUCCACGUGUGGGUCUCACCUGACAGCUGUCACCAUGUUUUACGGGACCCUCAUCUUCAUGUAUCUCAGAAGGCCCACUGAAGAGUCUGUGGAACAGGGGAAAAUGGUGGCUGUGUUUUACACCACAGUGAUCCCCAUGCUGAACCCCAUGAUCUACAGUUUGAGAAACAAAGACGUGAAAGAGGCAGUCAACAAAGCAAUCAUCAAGGCAAACCUGAGGCAGUGA